CAGGGCCAGACGUCAUUUCGACAUCACAACAGCCAGAGGUUAGUUUGUGAGUGAAGCUCCAGCAGUAAAGUUUAGUUUUUGAUAUUUUUCCCAAGAAGGAUAAUUUAUUUCAAAAAUGCCCUCAAAGCGCAACAAGAAGAAGGGAAAUGAUGAAUUCCCCGAACUCGGAGGACGUGGUCAUGGACGUGGACAAAGAGUUGAUCAGCCUCCUAAUGUUUCGGCUCCGGGGCCAUCGAGACCAGCUCAGGCUCCACAGCAACCACCAAGUGGAAGGCCAGCUCAGGCUCCACAGCAACCACCAAGUGGAAGGCCAGCUCAGGCCCCACAGCAGCAGCAACCAUCAUCGCGUAAGCCACCAACUCAAGGAGCCCCAUCAACGUCCAGCAGAAAUCCACCACAGAGUAGUGCAGUAGUACGUAGUGAUGGUGGUAAUGGCCAGAGUGGACGUUCAGCGGAUCUAGGACGUGGCUCACGUCGAGGAAAUCGUGCCAUUUGCGAUAUAGUCGUAACACGUCCUCUAAACAUGGUAACGAAGAAGGGAUCAACGGGCACAACUAUUUCGGUGAUGGCAAAUUACUUUAAAGUGAACAAGAAACCCGAAUGGAAUAUCUACAAGUACCGCGUGGACUUUGCACCGGAAAUUGAGGAAACAGGCACCAAGAAGGCCAUAAUGCGUCGACAAAUUGAACGUUUGGGAUGCUUCCAAUUUGACGGGACAAUGAUUUUCUCCCCAUACAAGUACAACAAUGAUCCAAUGGUGCUCGUUGAUAGGACAGAUCGGGAUGAACCGUUGCAAAUUAAUAUUCGUUUUGUUGGUGAACUCUUGGCCACUGAUGCACAGUACACGCAUCUUCUUAAUAUCAUUAUGCGAAGUACAAUUGAGAGUCUCAAUAUGCAAAAAGCUUAUGGAGCAAAGGGAAUGAAUUACUUCGAUGCAGCACAGAAGAUUGACAUUCGUCAGCAUAAUCUGCAAGUUUGGCCGGGCUUUUGUACGGCAAUUCGUCAGCAUGAGAGGGAUAUUAUGAUCUGUACGGAGGUUACGCAUAAAGUCAUAAGAAUGGAGAAUUGCUACGAGGUCAUGAAGAAGGAAUCAGAGACUCAGGAUAAAAUCAAGAAGGCAUUGAUUGGCCAAGUCGUUGUGACGGAGUACAGCAAUGCAACGUACCGCAUUGAUGAUGUGGACUUUACGCAGUCACCGAGUUCGAAGUUCUCCAAGAAGAGUGGUGAGCAAAUAACAUUUUUACAGUACUUCCGUGAUCGCUACAAUGUUACAAUUCGCGAUACACGUCAACCAUUGCUGGUUUCCCGGGCCAAGGCUCGUGAUAUACGUGCUGGACGUCCAGAAAUUGUGAAUUUAAUUCCUGAAUUGUGUCGCCUUACGGGUUUAACGGAUCAUAUGCGUGCGAAUUUUACAUUGAUGCGCGAUAUGGCACAGCAUACGCGUAUUGGUCCGGAGAUGCGUGUUCAGCGCUUCUUGGAGCUAAAUCGUCGCUUGCAGAAUGAGGAGAAGGCACGGGAGAUGAUGAAGAAGUGGCAGAUGUCGUUGGAUACGAAAUUAGUGGAAUUCCCAGCACGUGUACUGAACAGGGAGAUAAUUAACUUUGGCAGUGGGAGGCAGAUGGAGGCAAAUAAUGCCGAUUGGACGCAAGGAAUUACGCGAAAUCCAAUCUUUCAGUCGGCAAUAAUGAAGAAUUGGCAUUGUAUUUGCACAUCGAGGGAAAGUGGCACCGUGAAGGCCUUCCUGGGGCAAAUGAUGAAGAGUGCCCGGGAGAUUGGGAUGAAUUGGAGUGAACCACGUGUGGUGAUUCUUGAGGAUAUACGUAGUGCAUCGUAUAUUGGGGCCAUUGAGAAGGCGUGCAAUGAUUCAACACAGCUGGUGAUGUGUAUUGUACCGUCGCAGGAUCCCAGUAGGUAUUCAGCAAUUAAGAAGCAUGCAAUUGUGAAGCGAGGUGUCCCAUCGCAGGUUACCCUCUCGAAGGUCCUCAUGAAGGAUCGCAUUUGGCGCAGUGUUGCCGUAAAGUUGCUCAUUCAGAUGAAUUGCAAACUCGGGAAUGUUCCGUGGACAAUUAAGAUUCCCGCAAGUGGAAUAAUGUCCGUGGGUUUUGACGUCACGCACGACACAGCGGACAAGAAUAGAUCCUACGGUGCUCUUGUGGCCUCAAUGGAUCUCCAAAAGAAUAAUUCGUACUUCAGCACGGUGUCACAGCAUGCACACGGGGAGGAGAUGAGCAAUCAUCUCGUGACGAACAUGAUAAUGGCCCUACGGCAGUAUCAGACAAUUCACGGUGAACCACCCAAGAGGAUUAUCUUCUAUCGUGACGGUGUGGGUGAGGGUGAUCUUACGCAUGUGCUGGAAUUUGAGGUUAAACUCCUGCAGGGUAGGCUGAAGGAAAUGUAUCCCAAGGAGACGCCAAAAUUAACAUUCAUCAUUGUCACGAAGAGAAUCAAUACGCGUAUCUUCCGGAAGAAUAUUGGCAAUGCUGGGAACGCAAGUUCCAUUCAGAAUCCACCGCCGGGAACUGUGGUGGAUGACGUCAUCACCCUUCCGGAACGCUAUGACUUCUUCCUUGUGUCCCAAGCAACGCGUGAAGGGACCAUUUCGCCAACAAGCUACAACGUAAUCUUCGAUGAAUCGGGCUUUCCGGCUGAUAAAAUUCAACAGUGGACGUACAAGAUGACACAUCUCUAUUACAACUGGAGUGGGAAUGUGAAGGUCCCAGCCGUGUGUCAGUAUGCACACAAAUUGGCCUUCCUUGUGGGGCAAUCCCUUCAUCAACUUCCAGGACAUCAAAUGCAGAAUAAAUUGUACUUCCUCUAAGAAGUCUGCACCACCACACCUGCCUCGAAUCCCUCAAACGAUGAUUCAUUAAUCGUUAAAACUCAAUUUUUUAUUUUUCCCAUUUUUUUUUAUUUUGUAAUUUUGAAUUUUAUUUUGCAUGCAAAAUGUCAAUUGUAAAUGAAGGAAUUUUAUUUUUUUUAAGCAUAUUAUGGAGAGAAAAUAAUUUGUAAAAUUUAUGGAAAGAGAAGAAUUGUGAAUUUUUAUAAUUAAAAAAAAAAAAAAAAGAAUUUGAAAAAAAAAUGAAUCCAAAGGGUUGAUUCUGUUAAAAAUCUUUUAUUUUAUUUUCUUGCAAAUAUAAAAGAUUUUGACAGUU